AUGUUGGUAUCUAAGAAAAUGGUCAGAGGAAAUUCUACCUUGGUGACAGAAUUCAUUCUCUUGGGAUUGACGGAUCGCCCAGAGCUUCAGCCMAUCCUCUUUGUGCUGUUCCUGGUGAUCUACCUGAUCACUGUUGGGGGCAACCUUGGGAUGGUGGUGUUAAUCAAAGUGGACUCCCGCCUACACACUCCCAUGUACUACUUUCUUGCCAGUUUGUCCUGUUUGGACUUGUGCUAUUCCACUAAUGUGACUCCCAAGAUGUUGGUGAACUUUUUAUCGGAGAAGAAAACCAUUUCCUAUGCUGCCUGCUUAGUGCAGUGCUAUUUUUUCAUUGCCAUGGUGAUUACUGAGUAUUAUAUGCUAGCUGUGAUGGCCUACGACAGGUACAUGGCCAUCUGUAACCCUUUGCUUUACAGCAGCAAGAUGUCCAAAGGAGUCUGUGCUCGCCUGAUUGCUGGUCCCUAUGUCUAUGGGUUCCUUAGUGGCCUGAUGGAAACCAUGUGGACUUACCGCCUGACCUUCUGCAGCUCCAAUAUCAUUAACCACUUCUAUUGCGCAGAUCCCCCCCUCAUCCGGCUCUCCUGCUCUGACACGUUCAUUAAGGAAACAUCCAUGUUUGUGGUAGCAGGGUUUAAUCUCUCCAACUCCCUCCUCAUUAUCCUCAUCUCCUACAUCUUCAUUCUCAUGGCCAUUCUGAGGAUGCGUUCUGCUGAAGGCAGGCGCAAAGCCUUUUCUACCUGUGGGUCCCACCUGGUGGCAGUGACUGUGUUUUAUGGGACCCUGUUCUGCAUGUAUGUUCGACCUCCCACGGACAAGUCAGUCGAACAGUCCAAAAUCAUUGCUGUUUUCUACACUUUUGUCAGCCCUAUGUUGAAUCCCAUCAUUUAUAGUCUGAGAAACAAGGAUGUGAAACAAGCUUUUCGGAAACUCAUCAGAAGAAAUGUGCUCUCUAAAUAA